AUGCCUAUCCCUCUCAAAUGGAGAAGACGGAUUGGACAAGCUAUCAAGGCAGUCCUACCUCCCUUGAAUUUCCUGACGGUACACUAUGUGUACUUCAUUGCUACGAGUAUUAUUGCCAGUGUCAUUUUCUAUUUGACCGCGACGCCGUGGCGUAGCGUGGCAUAUAUCGAUUCACUUUUUCUGUGCGUCAGUGCUAUGACUGGUGCUGGUUUGAACACAGUGGAUCUGUCAACACUAAACAGUUUCCAACAAGCAGUCUUGUUUACACUGCUCAUGCUAGGUCAUGCAAUUUUGAUCUCACUGACCGUCCUGCUCGUCCGCAAGCACGGAUUUGAGGCGAAAUUUAAGGGCGUCUCCGAUGAACGCGAAAGAGAAAGAACUUCUCGCUGCCAGUCAGUCUUUGAGCUGCAACCUGGGGACGGGGAUAUCGUCCAGGGGAGUGGAAGUGCAGACAAUGAACUGCCAGAUGCUGCAUGCCAAGGGCCUCAGCGACGGACAAAGACAUCCGUGACAGUAACAAAUACCCCAUGUGAGCCAUCACACCGUGACGAGCCAUGGAUAGACGGAGAUCAAGUCACUAUCGGAGGAACAACCCACCGACAUCACCAUCGAGUCUUCCCUAUGGCUGGCAUAGGCGCCAGGCCGGACCUGCACAACCAUCCCCGCGAUGCAGUGCCAAAUUUACCCCUACCCACAGAGGACUCGGUAUCAGGCUUCAAAAGCAUCCUCCGCGGGACGCAGAAAUACAUCGCCUCGAAGGGCUUGGUAUCCCGCAACUCCCAAUUCCACGACCUCACUGCAGCUGAGCGUGAUGAACUAGGCGGAGUGGAAUACAAAGCCGUUUCAUUUUUGUCGGUUGUUGUAUUCCUUUACUUCGUCUUGUUCAUCUUGUUCGGUAUGAUUGGUAUGGGUGGCUGGCUAGAAGCUAACCACCCCGAUGUGACGCGCUCGAAUGGCCUCUCGCCGUUUUGGACGGGCGCUUUCUUUGCUGUGUCUGCUUUUGUGAAUAGUGGCAUGUCACUGUUGGAUGCUAAUAUGACUGCUUUGCAGUUGAAUGCCUACCCGCUGUUGACAAUGGGCAUGCUGAUUCUCGCUGGAAAUACUCUUUACCCUUGUUUCUUGCGGUUUAUCAUUUGGGCGAUGAGGAUGAUGCUUCCGGAUCAGCCUCAAUGGCAGUCGUGGCGAAUUACUCUUAAUUUUAUCUUGAAGCACCCUAGAAGGGUUUAUACGAAUCUCUUCCCUGCUCGCCACACUUGGUAUCUACUUGGUACAAUCAUCAUCCUGAACGGCAUUGACUGGGCGGCAUUCGAGCUGCUAUCCAUUGGAAACAAAGACAUCGAGAUUCUCCCAACGGAAUAUCGCAUAUUAGACGGAUUGUUCCAGGCUCUAGCUGUUCGCGCUGGUGGAUUCUACGUCGUGACCAUUGCCGAUCUCCGUCAAGGCCUUCUGGUUCUCUAUGUCCUCAUGAUGUACGUCUCUGCGUACCCAGUAACCCUAACAAUGCGCAACACAAACGUCUACGAAGAACGCUCACUGGGAAUCUACGCCCACGACGAAACCCCAGAAACACCAGCCAACACAAGCCGCAGCAACAUAGUAAUGGACCUAAUCCGGCAUCAACUCGGACGCCCCGGCCUCUCCGAGACAUCGCGCGGAUACUUCGUGCACCAGCAAAUCCGCUCUCAGCUCAGCCAUGACAUCUGGUGGAUAGCACUGGCAGUAUUCUUCAUUGCAAUUGCCGAGUCGGACCACUACACCUCUAAUCCCGUGGCGUUCUCAACGUUCAAUAUUAUUUUCGAGGUUGUUUCUGCUUAUGGGUGUGUUGGGGUUAGUCUUGGGUUUCCAGGGAUGAAUUAUUCGUUCUGUGGCGCGUGGCAUACUAUUAGCAAGUUGAUUCUUGCCGCUGUUGCUUUGAGAGGUAGGCAUCGGGGUUUGCCUGUCGCUAUUGAUAAGGCUAUUAUGCUGCCUAAGUAG